AUGUCGAAAAAACUUUGUUCGAGAACGGAAUGUCUUUACCACGAUGUCGUAGAGCUCAUCCUCGAGAGAGCUCCAGCGACGUCUCUGAUGAGAUUCAAGGCUGUAUCGAAGCAGUGGAAAUCAACUAUCGAAUCCCCUUUAUUCCAAGAAAGACAAUACAAGCAUCGUCAGCAAUCAGGAGAUCCUGAUGUUCUUAUGGUGCCUGUACUUGUUUACGGGGAUGGUCUCACUGUACCGAAGGACGUAGAACAAAUCUCGGAAAUCGAAUGUCUAAGAACAUUGGUGGUGGGUUCAUCAUCAUCGCUCCAGAUCCCUACUCCUUGGGAUAACACAUAUUACUUUGUUGCUGAGAGUUGCUGUGACGGUCUCGUUUGUCUCUACUUUCCCGACCGCUCGGGUUUUGUGGUCAAUCCCACCACUAGGUGGCAUCGAGUUCUUCCUCUUUCCAGCUUUAACCAACUCAUAAUCGACACAGGAAAAACCAUUUUUUUUGAGCUUGGGUUCGGUAAGGACAAAUUCACAGGCAGAUACAAGGCCGUUUGGUUAUACAACUCCUCCGAGUUGUCCCUAGAGGACGGUACUGCUACUACAUGCGAAGUUUUCGACUUCACCACCAAUGCCUGGAGGUAUGUCACUCCCUCUGCACCUUACCGGAUUUUUUCCCGAGAUCCUGCCUAUGUAGAUGGGUCGCUUUAUUGGUUCACCGUCGACUGCCCAGAAACCCAAGUUAUAUCUUUGGAUCUUCACACCGAAGCUUUUCAAGUCAUCCCUGUAACUCCUUUUGCCAAUGCAAAACCUGACAAGUUCAAUAUGUGCAACCUCGACGACCGCUUGUGCGUCUCCUCUAUGAAUUGGCCCAACCAAGAUAUAUGGUCGUUCAACUCUGAGAGCAAGACAUGGGCCAAGAUUUAUUCCUUAGAUCUUGAUCAAACUUUCAUCAAGUUUGAUUUCCAAGUUCAAUGCCCGGUCGUGCCACUAGCACUUUUGGAUGGGGACAAGAAGAAUAAGAAGAAGAAGAAGUUGCUGUAUUUUUCUCGACAAGAUAGUCGAACACUGGUGGUACAUGAUCCGCAAACCAAAACUUAUGAUGCUGCUUUCACUGCUGACUCCAUUGGAUUCCCUGUUUGUUAUUUCCAGAGUUUAUUCUCUAUUAAAUAA